UACAAAUACAACAAUAUAAACAAUUGGUUUUGGAGGGGAAAACGUACGAAAAAUUCCCAUCUUGUUGGAUGGAUUUUUUUUGUUGUUGUUUCAAAAGAUAUACAACAAUGUAAACAAUUGGGUAUUGGAGGGGAAAACGUAUAAAAGAUUCUCAUCUUGUUGGAUGGAGUUUUUUUGUUGUUGUUGUUUCAGCCUAAAGCCAAAGCUGAAUGACAACUACGUUUAUCAUCUUCUUAUGAUGUGUCUUUGAUUCAAGAAACCUGUUCAUUAUUUCACUUUUGUUAAUUAAAUUAUUAUCUCCUAAUAAACUAAAUGGAUUGAACACUCCUCCCUAUUAAUAGUGCUUUGUUUUCAUUUGUGUUUACAUUUCCUUCAAGAGCGUAUUCCGUAAAUAAUUAAAUAUUAUAUAGGUAAUAGUUAUUGAAGUUGAAAACAAUUUUAAUGGCUAGAAUUGAAAGCGGCUCUGCAAUAUUAAAUGACCAACUUGAUUAUAAUUACAAAAACUACUUAAACGAUGGAUUAGCGGAUGAUGAUUCAUGGAUGGAGAAUGCAAGUCAGAAUGAAGAGGAUUUUAAAGAAUUUGACCAUAUUGCUGAUGAUCAUAUACCACCAUUAAGUAAUAUUGAUGAUUCAAGCGAUGAAAGUGUUAACAGCUGUCAAGCUAUAGAUUUCACAUUGCACACUAUAGCUGAAGAGAGCUGUGAAGAUAGUGAAUUCGAUUUGAAUAAGUGCAAAGACAAAUAUGGAUAUCCGAAUACAAAAAACGAUGUUUCGCCAACAUAUAUGGAACAAUAUUUUGUUUUUGGUUUUGAUGAUCGAAAUACAAGUGGCAAUUGUCUUGAAGAUAGUUCGUCUGAAAUAUUUAGCGAUUUUAGUGACAUUGUGGAACAAGAACCAAAGGAAACAAAUAAUGACAUUUAUGUUCAGAAACAAUCUGAUCUUCCUAAAUCAAGACUUGAAAAAUAUUUCCUCUCCGAAUUUAUGGGAUUUUGUGUAGAAAAUAAGUCCGAUAGUAGCGUUGGUAGUGACAGUGAAGGAAAACCAACUCCAAAUCAACGAAAAAAAAAGUUACGAACAAGGCGAACACCCAGAUCUAAUUAUUCUUCCCUUGAUAAUUUACUCGUUGAAUGUGCAGAGCAUGUCGAACAAUCUAUUGAAAGUCCGGAGUCUUCUGAAUCGGACGUAGAUGUAUUUCCAAAUGAAGUGGUAAUAUGUGAUAAAUUAGAUAAUAUACAUUCGGUGAAAAGAAAAAAAAAUUAUAGAAAACGUGAAUUGGUCGAACUGACAACUUCAACUUCUUCAGCAGAAUGUGGUAAGCUCAGCAAAUCUUUGAUAUCAGAACUAUUACCAAACAAGUCUGUUGGGAAUCUGAAAAAUUACCAAGUAUUGUUCAAUUCAAACAAAAGAAGUGAUUUAAGGAAAAACCAAUUUACAAAACUCGAAACUUCUUACAAUAGAGCUGAUAGUUUUAAUAAUUGGAGCUCAGACGAAGAAACAAAUAUUAUGAUGUCGAAAAUGAGACAUUUUUUUAAAACUCUUAUAGCUGUUAAAACUAAUAAUGCAAACUUGAACUCCUCUUCUCCAAACAAGGAUCCGAUUGUUAUAUGUAAACCUAAAUUCAUUCCAUUCCCUUAUUUUGAAAGCGAACUCAUCCGACUUAUGAAAACUGUUCCUGGAAUGAAUAAUCAGCAGUUAAAGGAAAUUGUAGAAUAUUUAAGUAGCGAAGAAACAUGGUCUGAUUCAAACGAUUCCUCCGACUUUAACACUUCUAAUAUUGAUAUAGUUUAUAAGGAUAAAAAGCAUAGUCAAUACUCUGCUCAAUGUAACUGUAAAGAUGAUUCGAUACAAAAUGUAAGUCAAGACAAUAGAAUUUGCUUUAUAGGACCAGAAACCGUUUUAAUAUAUACAAACUUGUUUAAGUCGUUUAUGCUAAAAAGUUCCAAAAUGGCUAAAACUAAAAUAUUGGAAGUCAAUAAAUAUGAUGACCACUUGAGUAAAAGCUUAAAAACUGAACAACUUCUUGAAAAUAUUUGGCAGCAUAUUGGUCAAAAAUUAGUCGAUUUAAUGCGUGAAGAUAACAUCAAUACUGAUUGUGUAACAAAGCAAAAUAUAGAAGAAAUCACAGAAAUAUGUAAAUUAAAUGUAGUAAAAUCCCAGAAUGAAAAUAUUUUAAACAACAUGGAUAAUUCGGCGAUUAUCGAAAGUCAACAACCAGCUUUCUCACCCAGGAGCAAAUCUCACGAUACAUUAUUGGGAACUUCUAGAUCUUGGCACUCUUAUUCUAACAGUGCUGUGAAUGACAACUCAAGCGAAACUAGUGAUUGCGACCGUUUUUCAUGGCGAGGUAGUUUCGAGUCGGCGCUUUUAGCUCCGGGAGAUUCUAGAUAUAAAUUGCCUAAUUAUCGGGAUAAUGGAUUCCGUAUAUCGCAUCUGGAUCGAGUUCAAAGUUGUGGAAGUAUUUUAAGCAGUGAGAAGAGUAAAUGUCUUGAAAUUCAAAAAAAGUGGUUAUCUACCUGUCUAUGUAAUAAAUUAGAUAAGGAAACGUCCUUUAGAAGAUUGCUGCAAAAAAAGAUGUGUACAAAUUCUCUUCCUGGAUUACAAUCGAAAAAAAACGCUGCAAAUUCAGAGUUUGAUCUAAGUGAAGUUCAAUCAAGUGUUAAAAGUGCACGAUAUCGUUCACCAGCUAUACAAUCUAAUAACCCUUUGGCUCUAACAACAUCAACAAGAAAUCAAAAUAAAACACAAGGAGAAACACAACAUUUAAACUGCUCAAACAAACACAUAUCAACAAGUUCAUGCUUUGGCAAGGUUUCUACAUCGGACCCAAAUUGUAAACCAAAUACUUCUCCUUCAGUAAAACAAAAAAUUGUUUCCCAAAUUAAUACUACUAAUUGCGAAGGUCGAACCGAACAAACAAGUGUCUGCCCUGAUAAUCCGACUGAGAAUGUGAAAGUUAAGGGACAAGUCGAGUUUGGUAUGCAAUACAAUUAUAAAAUUAAUGCUCUUGAAAUACUUGUUGUCCAAUGCAAAGAUCUGGCUUCAGUUUCUUCAAACAAAUGUAAAAGCGAUCCAUAUGUGAAGGUUUACGUGUUACCUGAUCUGUCUAAAUGUGCAAAACGUAAAACAAAGGUGAAAAAACAAACUUUGAAUCCUGUAUUUAACGAAACUUUACGUUUUCAUAUUCCAAUAUCAAAACUAAACAAAAGUUCCAUUUGGUUAUCUGUAUGGAACUCCGAUUUUCUUGGUAAAAAUGAUUUUCUAGGAGAAGUCAUUCUAGACUUAAGAGACAAAGUUUUUGAUAAACCCCAGUCGGAAUGGUACACGUUACAUCAAAAGAGUCCCAUAUUUGAUGAUGAUUCAAAAUAUCGCGGGCAUUUAAUUGUAGCUCUUAAGUUUAUGCCCCGAGAAAUGCAUAUAGAAUCAAAUAGUAAAAUAGAGAACACAAAUGCUUUCAUAAAAGGUAAACUUUGUAUAUUAGUAAAAGAAGCAAAGUAUCUAUAUGCGCAUAAAAACAGUGGUACAAGUGAUACUUUUUGUAAAAGCUAUCUACUACCUGAUCGAACUAAAAGUACUAAGCAAAAAACACAUGUUAUAAAAAAAUCUUUUAAUCCUGUAUGGAACUUCACUUUUGUUUACGAAAAUUUAACAAUAAAUGAACUUUCAACGAGAGCAUUAGAACUAACUGUUUGGGAUCAUGACAGUUUAAUAAGUAAUCAGUUCAUUGGUGGUGUGAGAUUCUCAUUGGGAAGCGGUGCGAACAGCGGGAACGAGCUUAUUUGGAUGGACUCUAAUGAAAAGGAAAUUUCCUUAUGGCGUGAGAUGAUGAACCGCCCAAACUUUUGGAUUGAAGGAAGUGUUAAGCUUAGAUCAAAUUUAAAUGAAAUAUUAGAUAGGAAUGAUUCUCGGCUAUCAGUUUAAUCCAAAGGUUGAUAUAAUUUUGUAUUCCUUUAAGCUUAUUAUACUUCAAUAUCAAUAAUAAAAUUCGGUAAUAUCUAUUCAUA